AUGCAACUGUAUCGUUCCGAAACAGGCUGUCAGGUGUCAUGGGACAAUACCGACAUUAUAGACAGUCUUGAUGCUUUCAAAAGCAAAGUGCGGCAAUGCACCGGCAUCGAAAUCGAGCGUCAGAUUCUCAUGACAAGCUUUGGAACACAAGUCAAAGAAACGAAUGUCAAGGAGGUGACGACAGCUUCAGGACAAGAGGAAUACAUUGUCUUUGUAUACGAUCGAGAAUAUCUGUCAGCUUCUGAAGAGCAAAUGUUGAAGCUUAUCGACGAAGGAACGCCAAGACUCGAGCCAGAGAUCCGUUGUUUUGAUGAUGCCGCUUCACGUUCUGUAUUGGAGACAAUCAAAGAUGUGCAAAGCAAUGAUCUUGGUUACACUUGCAAACUCUACUUGAGUCUAUUCUCACAUUUUGACACGUGUGCUCAGAGCCUGAUAGAGGUUAUCGUCAUUCAUACUCGGCUUGCGCAAAGGGUGGUUGAGGAGCAAAAGAAGCAAUGGAUGGCACUGAACGUAGCAAUGACGAAUCUCAGGUCACACAAUACGAUCGCAGAGGAAAGCGUCUCUUCACUCUCUUCAGGUGUUCAAAAAGAUCUCACCAAACAAUCAACAUUGACCGAUGCAGCUGAUAUGAACAUACGCAUCCUGAAAAGCAUCCGCAUACAUCCAGCCAUCCUGCAAGCGCUUGGUGAAUCUCGAUCACAACAGACGUUGAUGGAUUAUUUGGAUAUGGAAGAGCUUGAAACAUCAAAGAAUCGAUCACGUGAAUUCUGUACAACACUUGAGCAUGAAUUACAAGAACUUCGAUCGGGUGCCAGCAUGCUACAUCACCAUGCGAAUGAAUUGCAGCAACAAAUCACCGAUAAUCAAGACCCCUUAUCACUUGACUCAGGCGUCUCUGAUAUCCAAGGAGUACAAGAGAAGGCACACUUUCUCAGUGAUCAGAUCAAUCGCAAUGUCAGCCGUGUUUUCACCAAAGUCUCACGCCUCAUCAAUAUACCCAUCACAUCACUCACCAAUCAAAUUCCCGACAUCAAUGAUUCAGUUGCUUUAUCAUCAUCAUCGUUUUCUUCAUCCACAACACCUUCAACGGAGGCACGAGAUCAAUUUAAGAUGAUUUACGACUUGGCAGUCAUGUAUAUCAAUGAGGAAAUACCAAAGAUAAUCACCUAUGAGAAGCGUAUUCGACGUAAAGCUGCUGAUUUGAUUGGUGCAAAACGGCAAAGUGUUGUUCGCUUCCUCGAGUAUAUGCACCGAGUAUCCGAUUUGCAAAGCGAUAUUGCCAGCGUCAUGUCUUACGUGGAAUCAAUACGAAAGUGGAAGGCUGAUUACAAGCGCACGAAUGGUGGAAGGAGCUUGGAGGUAGCUGAGGAAGUGAUCUAUGCUUAUGCAUACCUACUAUUAGAAAUGGCACGUCGGAGAGAAUACUCAACGAUCCUCUUGGAGAAUGCAAACGCCACAGCAGACCUCUUGGCAAGCUAUCGCACAAAGGAGCAAAAACGACGAGACCGAUUCUUGCGUAAAUACAUUGGGAUGUUGCCAUUCAAGGUUUCAAUUGAAAAUGAUACCACCCCGCAUUGUGAGAUAUCCACGGUCCACCUCGAGAGCGAUCGACCUGAAAUUAGUCGCAGCGAUGUCAUUGAUUUUGUUCGGAUACUUGGCCAAUAUUAUGCAGCAUCACCAACUCAGCCUGGAUCACCGCGCCUAGAUAUCAAGAACAGACGUCGAACAUCCCCAUCUUCUCCAAAGAUUGGAAAGCAAUCACUUGAAGAAUCCACAUCAUCUCGUUCAGCUAGAUCUCAACUUCAAGAAUCCGGAGUCUUUGGUGGGAGCGAGAGGUUCAUUGAUCUACUUCAUACCAUGUCACAAGAGCUGGAUGGUCUCAAGGCCGAGUUUCUCAAGGCUGUAGAAACAUCAUUCUUUUCCAGCAGUGUAACAGAAUCACGUCUUACGAGUGAGCCAUCCGACAAGUUUUCAAAAGAAAAGGUCCUCAUGUCCUUCAAUGCAAGCCAAAUCGAGUUGCAGCAAAAAUCGAGAGCACUAGAGCAUGCAGAAGAACGACUCAAGAAUUAUGAAGCACGCAUUGCAUCACUGGAAAAAGCGUUACAGAACAGCUAUCGCAUUGAAUCGGCAACCAAGAGCAAAGAUACAGGCAAUGCAACGGGAACUCCAUCAUCAGGAACAUCAUCUCAGUAUUCUUUGGUUGACGAAGCAUCCAAUCGUGACGUGGGACAGCUUCAAGAGACUGUGAAAGAGCAAGAACAGUAUAUCACCGAUCUCCAAAAACAGAUGCACACAGAGCAAGAAAUGUGGGAGAAUGAAAGGGAAGAUUUCAAGCUGCAAAUCCAGGAGCUGGAGCAAUUGCUGGAAGAGGAACGACAAACUUACGAGUACAAUCGUCGCAGCCUCCUCAAGGAGGCACAAGUUAAGGACGAUUUGGCUGACAUGCGAGUGGCAAGCAUUGAAGAUGACUACAAAGCGAAGAUACAAGAGCUUGAAGCUGUUAUCGACAAUGAGAGAAAAGCCCACCAAAAGGAGCUGGAAAAGAAGGACAUGGAGAUUAAGGAGCUUGUCAACAAGAGCAGGACAUCGGUUGAUGAACAAUCGAGCGUUGCACAGGAAUUGGAUCAGUUAAAGAAAGAAUACGCCAGCUAUAAGGAAGAGACUGAGAAUCGGCUACAAGAGCUGGAUAACACUGAGCAAGCGCGUGAUAAUAUCAAGCAACAACUGGCUAAAGCAAGGGAUAUGGUUAGUCGCGCUGAGAAUGAUUGGAUGAGCAAGCAAGAAGCUUUGGAAAAGGCUCUGCGUGAACAAAAGGAAGUCCAGGUGGCAUUGGUGGAUCUGGUGUCAUUGUACGGCCGUAUGCCUAAUGAAAUGGAUAUUUCAUCGCUGCUCGAUAACUUGAAAGCAUGCAUGGAGGCUGCAGCUUCGAAUCAAACUGGCCUAGAGAAUCAAUUGGCGGAUCUUGAUCAUGAAUACGAGCAGCUGGCAGCGGAUAUGCAUCGCCUGGAUGAUGAAUACAAGGAGCUACGGCUUAUCACAACACAUAUGGCGGAGAAGCUUGAAGGAUAUCGCAAAGACAUCUUUUAUGAGCUUACCCAUCAAUUGCAACUCUCUAUUGACGAGGAAGAAGCCAUGGCAAUCACAAAACGGAUCAUUGUAUCGGACCAAGACGACGACAUGGCUGUGUGGAACAACGUGCUUCAAGCAUCCAAGGGCUUCGACCCAGUGAAAUUUGUGAACCGCAUACGAGAAAAGGUGAAGGAAGCUCAUGAUAUGAGUCGUCGUUGGAAGCGUGAAUAUAAAGAGAAAUACAGCAAACUUUCAAGCAGCAGUCGUGACAAGAUUGCAUUUCGCAACUUUCAAGUGGGGGAUGUUGCUUUGUUCCUUCCAACGCGUAAUUCGACCGGGAAACCAUGGGCAGCUUUCAACAUUAAUGCACCACACUACUUUUUGAAGCCAUCUGAUACGAUCGAACAACAAAUGCAACACCGUGAAUGGAUGGUAGCUCGAAUUACGUCUAUCACGGAGCUUACAGUCACUUCGGAUCCACAAUCUAAUCCCUACGGACUAGCCGAUGGUCUCACGUAUUAUCAUCUUGAAGUCGAGAAUUGGAAGAGUGCUCAUCAUCGUAAGAAUCAUCACAAGAGCCAGUCGCGUAAAACAGGCAGUAGCAGUGGCAACAACAAAUCCAAAGGCAAAGAAAAUGCAUAUACCAUGAUACCAAAAUCACCACCAGCACAAGAUACCGGCUUAGCCAGCAUUGGUGAAUCAUCCACUUCAGCCCCACCCAGUUCCCCGUUGCAUGGACGACGACCUUCCUUUCCCAUAUCACUUUCGACAAGCAAUGUCGUUCACAGCUAUGUCCCUACUAAUUCACCACCUUCUUCAAGUCGCGAACGACGUCAUAGUUACUUUGGAUCAACAGAUACAGACGCGAUAAGCCCUACACUUGCAUGGACCCAACCACAAGAAUAA